GCUUUAGCGCCAGCUAGCGUUCGAAAAUAUAUUUUACAAACAUGUCAGCGCCCAUGUCUAAUUUUCUACAUAGUCGUACUAGAUUUCACUCCGAUUUUAUGAUUGACCUUUACAGUCAAUAAGAUUUGAUACAAGGUACCAAUGGCCAGUACUGACCAGAAAGAUGAUGCAAGCACCUCAGCAGCAGGAGCUACCGCAGUGACCACUGGACCAUCUGUUGCCAGCCAGAUCCCUUUUGGAGAGAUCUGUGGAUUCCUUGAGAAAGUCCAGAAGAAGAAGGGGAGCGAUGUGAAAAAGAAUCUCUUCAAGGAUUUCUUGGGAAAAUGGAGGGCUUUCCACAAGCAGCUGCAUGCUAAGAACCCAAACACAACAGAUAAUUUCUAUCCAGCUAUGAGACUGCUGCUGCCCCAACUUGAGAGAGAGAGAAUGGCUUAUGGAAUCAAAGAGCACACCCUAGCUAAACUCUACAUCGACAUCCUUGGUUUAGCCAAGGAAAGCACUGAUGCUCGGAAGCUUCUGAAUUACAGAGCUCCAACAGCAAAACAGGAAGCUGGAGACUUUGCCAGUGUGGCUUUCUUUGUUCUGCGUAACAGGUGCCCAGAGAGAGGAAGUUUAACCAUCAAGGAUGUGAAUGAUAAUCUCGACUCAAUCGCCCUGAACAAUGCUACCAAGAAGAAAGACUUGGUCAAGCAAAGUUUGUUGACCUUACUGAGGAAAACGAGUGCAAUCGAACAGAAGUGGCUCAUACGCAUGAUCAUGAAGGAAAUGAAAGUUGGUCUUAGUCAGCAGUCUAUUCUUGGUACCUUUCAUCCGGAUGCUGAAGACUUCUUCAAUGUGACAAACAGUCUCGCAAAGGUUUGCAGUGACCUGUCUGACCCAAGUGUGAGAUUGAAUGAGAUUGCUAUCAGUGUGUUCAGCCCUUUCAGCCCUAUGCUAGGUGAAAGGGCAAAAAUAACUCAGGUUGAACGUAUAAUGGAACACAAGAGCUUUCUGAUUGAAAUCAAACUAGAUGGUGAGAGAAUGCAGCUUCACAAAGAGGGAGACAAAUACAUGUAUUUCUCAAGAAGAUCUCAUGAUUAUUCUGGGUCAUUUGGAAAGAGUCCAAUGGAAGGAAGCUUGACACCAUACAUUGCAAACUGUUUUAAGAGUAAUGUCCAUUCCUGUAUAUUGGAUGGUGAAAUGUGUGCAUACAAUGCUGAUACAAAAGCUUUCAUUUCAAAAGGAGAAAACUUUGAUAUCAAAAGCUUGCGUGAUGAUGAAGAUGUUCAGGUAUGUUAUGCUGUCUUUGAUGUUCUCCUUGUAAAUGACACCAAACUUGCAAACCGACCUUUGAAGGAAAGGCUCAGCUACCUACCAAAAGUAUUCACUGUAGUAGAAGGAAGAAUGGUCUUGGUAGAAAGGAGAGAUGCAGCUACAAAGGCUGAGGUUGUUGAGGCAUUGAAUGACGCUAUAGAUAGACGAGAAGAAGGAAUUGUCGUCAAACAUCCAGAAUCAACCUAUCGGCCGGAUAAGAGGAAAGGCAGUGGUUGGUUGAAGAUCAAACCUGAGUAUGUAGACAAUCUGAUGGAUGAGUUAGACUUACUGGUAGUAGGAGGCUACUUUGGAAAAGGGUUUCGGGCACAGCUCAUCUCUCACUUCUUGUGCGCAGUAGCUGUUCCACCUAGCAGGGAAGGAGACCACCCAAAGAUCUUUUACUCAUUUUGCAAGGUUGGAUCAGGGUACACCUUACAGGAACUGUAUGAAUUCAACCAGAAACUUGCCAAACACUGGAAGAAAUAUGAUAAGGAAAACCCGCCUAGAUGGUUACAGUGCACAAGGGAAAAACCAGAACUUUAUGUGGAGCCACAAAAUUCUUUCAUCGUUCAGAUCAAAGCUACUGAAAUCAACUCAUCAAAUACGUAUAAGACGGGAUGUACCCUACGAUUCCCUCGUCUGGAGAAGGUUAGAGAUGAUAAGGAUUGGCAUCAGUGUAUGACCACAGAGGAGCUAGAGAACAUGAGACAGCAAGCAGAGGGCAAGUUGACAGGGAGACACGCUAAUGUAGAUGAUGAUGAGAUAGUAACGAGUAAGAGAAGAAAAGUUACAGCGAGAGUAGAACGACCCGUUGCUGUGCCUUCUAGAUUCAGAGCUGCAGACACUUCCAAUGUAAAGCAGACUUCUGAAAUGCUUGAUGGACGAGAGCUUUGCAUCAUGAACAGCCCUGCGAACUACCCGAAGCAUGAGCUAGAGAAGAAAGUGGUUGAAUGUGGAGGUGUAGUGGUUCAAAAUCCCGGUAUAGAUACAUACUGUGUGCUGGCUGACAAGGUCAACCUCAAGGUCAAAAACAUAUUCAGUGCCAAGAUCUAUGAUGUUGUAAAGACUACAUGGUUCAUUGAAUGUAUGGAUGCUGGUCGUUUGUUGCCAUGGUUACCAUCGCACAUGCUGUAUACGUCUGCAAAGAUGGCGGCCCACUUUGCCUUGGAUUAUGACAGUCAUGGAGACAGCUAUACAGAGGAUGUAAAUGAAAAGAAACUCAAGGAGAUCUUUGCAAAUGUGGAUAAGAAGAAGAGUAAGAAACCGAUGACUGCUGAAGAGAUAGCUGAGAUAGAGAUGGACUACUUUCCUCAAGAUUCUCAUCUUGGCCUGUUUCGUCUAUGCCGUGUCUACAUGGAUUCAUGUCUUGUGAUUGGUGAAGAGGAUACUCACAUCAAAGAUUGCUCUCUAGACCUUAUAUCAUUGGAAAUGAGAUUCCAUGGCGCCACCAUAUGUCCUACACUAGACAGGCAUGUCACCCACAUCAUCGUUGACAAGAGUGACUUGAGCAGAGUGAGGGAGUUCCGUCAACGAGGUCAGCAGCGAGCCUUGAAGCAACAUGUAGUAACCUCAGACUGGGUCACAGACUGCAUUCAGAGAGAAAAGCUACUUGGUGAAAGACCUUAUGAAGCAGCAAUGUCUUGACAUUUUCCACUUGCUUUGUUCACCCACAUUCAAUGGUAUCAAUAUCAAUAUGGUAUUCGAUGGUCAUACUAUAUAGUCAAUUGAUGGUGUUCUAAUUGAAAGUAAAUAAUCACUGUUAAGUUAAUGGGCAACCUUCACUUCCUUGGCAAGCCGGAUGAAGCUAUUUUUUUAAAGAAAAACUGAAGAAAGAUAACAUGUAUAUCCAGUUUUCAGAAGUAAAGAUCGUUUGUCUCGUUACCAGGUAUAUAUUUGCGUUAAAUUCCAUAUCUGUAUCUGUUUACCUUUGAUUCUGAGAAUACCACCCAUUUAUUUAUAUUCAUUUUGCUGGAAAUAACUUAUCCCGCUUCUUUGAUUUUAGGUUAUUAUGCUCAAAGCACAAGAAUGAUUUGCUUUAUAUCUAGUAUCACUUUUGAUCUUUGCCAAAUAAGACUUUCUCAUGUUUUUGAAUAAGAGAAACAUGCUAUAGUCAUAAUGUUGAAUAGGGAAUUGAUCAUUGUCUUGGGAAUUGACCCUGUCUGUAAUACAUGUACAUGUACAUGUAUAAUGCUCAUUUUGCCUCCGAAGAAAAUUCUGCUAGGAUCGAAAGCUUAGGCCCCUUUUGACUUUCUAAUAUAAUGCUUAUUGUUAGAACUAUGAAUGGCCGCAAACAAUCACCAUUUUUUUUUUUUUGGGGGGGGGGGGUGUUUUAAGGUAAUUCAACAUAGGUAUAACUUAUCCUGUGACCAACAUUUUUCAAGUUUGUUAGCUUGUCUGGUACCUUGCCUUCCUUUAUGUCUCACCUGCAUAGCAGAGUGAGACUAUAGGCGCCGCUUUUCAUGAAACUUGGCCAUAAGGUUAAUCAAGUAUUACUGAACAUCAUGCGUGACUUUCAUGUCACAUGACCAAGGUCAAAGGUCAUUUAGGGUCAAUGAACUUUGGCCAAAUUGGGGUAUUUGUUGAAUUACAGCCAUAAAUUUGAAAGUGUGUUGGUCUAGUUCAUAAAACUUGGACGUAAGAGUAAUCAAGUAUCACUGAACAUCCUGUGCACAUUUUAGGUCACAUGACCAAGGUCAAAGGUCAAUGAACUUUGGCCAUAAUGGGGGUAAUCUAUUGAAUUACCAUCAUAACUUUGAAAGUUGAUGGAUCUGACUCUUGAAACUUGGACAUAAGACUAAUCAAGUAUCACUGAACAUCCUGUGCGAGUUUCAGGUCACAUGAUCAAGGUCAAAGGUCAUGUAAGGUCAAAGAACUUUGGCCACGUUGGGGGUAUUUGUUGAAUUGCCAUCAUAUCCCUAAGUGUAUUGGUCUAGUUCAUAACACGUGGAAAUUAGAGUAACCAAGUAUCACUGAACAUCUUGUGCGAGUUAUAGUAGUUUUCAAAAUCAGCACUGCUGCUAUAUUGAAUCGUGUGAUGCAGGUGACACGGCCAGAGGCAUUCCACUUGUUACUAUUUAAUGGUAGAAAAUGUGUCUUUCCUAUCACUUGAAUUAUUUAUUCCAAUAAUUUCAUUCUCCUGCUCAUGAUGGUCAUUUACUAUAGAAAUAUAUUCAGAAGAAAUUUUUCACAGAUUAAAACUGUUUUUAAAAAUGAAAAAAUGCAUGCAUUAAUACCAAUUAUCGUUGCAUGAUUCCUUUUCAAAUAAAUCCCUUCAAAUCCAAGGAUUUGGAGAUUCAGUUAAUAUCAACGUAAUUGGUUUUUACUGAACAUGUUGAUCGUUUUCUCAUUCAGAAUUGCCAUAAACCCUCUUCCUCUAGUUUAAUUAUUUAUUGGCUGAUCUUUCCCAUAAUUUUUGUUGUCACAUUUCCAUAAAAUACUGUUAUGAUUGUUUUCCAUACAGGAAAAGUGUUUUAUAUCAGGAUUAUUAGAUUAAACACAUUAAUGAAUUCAAAUAUUUUAAUUGUGAGUCUAUAUAUAAUGUCUCUGAAAAUAUACAAAAUAAGAAUGAAUCUUUAUUCAACUAUCAUCAGUUUAUGUAUUUGUGAAUUAAUCAGUUAACACUAUCCUGUGUUGAGGUUGCAUAUGAUAUGAACAUAGUUAGACUGAAACCAGGACAUUUAUGACAUGAAAAUCUUUAAUCUUCUUUGAAAAUGGAAUAUAACUCAAUCAUAGUUUCCUCACUUGUAAUUUAGAUGUUUAUGUGAUUCUCCUAUUUUUUAUACUCUUCUCAAAUCAAUCAAUACAAUUUGAAGAAAUGUAGAGAAAUAGUACUCAGGUUAUUUUUAUAUAAGUGUCAUAAAUCAAAAAAUUGUAUGUAUUAAUAGUCAUAUAUGUUCAUUCAAGGAACAUGUGGUAAACUUUGAAAUACUUUAAUAGGACCAUAUGUAUUCUUAUGUCAUGUGGUUAAUAAGAAGCACUGUGUAACCGUGACGUCUUUAAUAAACAAAUCAUACAGUCAAAUUGUGGAAUGAGAAUGGACUCAGAUAAAUGAGUUCAUAUGCUCCUUGUUCAUAUUUCAUGUGAGGUUUUGUAAUUAAAUUAAUAGUAUAAAAACUACAUACCGUAGUUUUCAAAAAGCAAAUUUACUUGUAAAAUUUAUACAGUUGAUCUUGAGUUUCAUUUCUAUUACUCCAAUUCAGAUUCAAAUUUGAAUUAUUCAUUUCCUAGAAUAAAACUAUCCAUAAUCUUAACUCAUUACUCUGUACUACUUAAACCAAGGAAGAGGGAAUUCAAGCUCCCACUUCCCUGCUGAAACCAAUGAUGUCUUUCAAUGCAUAUUUAUGUAUUAACUAUUAAACACUCCUUUUGCACUGCAUCAUAGUUACAUCAUGAUUUUUUAUGCAACAUUGUUUAGUUGGAGUAUAUAUAAAGAUUUUAUGCAAUUACUGUUUUCCAAAUGUUCCAUGUAGAUCCUUCUGUUCGUAGAGGAACAUUUAAUGUACCAGCUUGCCUAUUCUCCCAGUGUUGCAGAAUGUAUGUUGUUUGUGAUUAUCAUGAUAAAAUCAUUUGUAAAUAUUAUAAUUCAGCAGUAGCUGUAAUAUUUUGAUAUCAUGCAAUAAAAUUGUGUGUUUAUAAACUUGUA